AUGAUUCAGGACGUGAUUACCCAGUACAAGGGAUGUGUAAUGAUGCGGUCGAUUGAUAUCACCGAUGACUCUGCGCCAUCCAAGAGACAGUUCGAGAUUAUGAUUCUAAGGCGGGAUUUGGACCGAUGCACAGGCCCUCGCAAAGGCGGAUAUGGGGAGUUCAAAGUUUACAGCUACGGCCAAGCAUACAGUCACACUUCACAAUACGUCUGGUUUGUGGGGACUUUGACGCCGAAGUUCUUGGACAAGGAACGCCUUCUUGCACCAUGCCGGAAGCAUCUUCGUUCUUCCAAAAACUUCGAAAUCGACAGCAAGGUCAAGGCAGAGAUUGCAAAUGACGAGUCGACAGUAAUCAAGCAAGAGCGCAUACCAGAUCCCCAAGAACCUCUCGACGAUAUCAAGCGUCAGAAGGAGCUCGGCAAAAGACAUUACCUAGAAGGCGACAUGAUCAAAAGCUCCGAUGUCUGGUGUGGAGCGGCUGCAGGCGGAAAACCAUUUACGGAUAAGAUUACGGAGCUGUUUUUCCAGCUGAACAAUAAUGAAAAGCAGGGCACGAUCAAAGUCAUGCAACAGAGCGCGUCUCAUGAUAGGACGCAGUACGCGGAUGGCGCAUAUAUGCAGGCCAGACCGCGUCUAUGGCGAAUCAGGUGUUGGGAACGGACUGGAAACCGAGCCCGGAACAAGAAGCUCUGCUACCGGCUUGCUAUGACGCAUCGUCUUGCAGAUGACAAUAAGCGAGUUGCGCAGCAGGUCAUCAAUCUUGCGGCUCAGGCUUGUCCGGACGAUGCGGCGAUUCAGUAG